CAGCCCGCGCCGCCCCAGCCGCCAUCUCGCCCUCCGCUGCUGCUGCUGCUGCCGUCGGCGCCAGCGGGCGCUGCGGCGCCGCGGCGGAGCCCAUAAAGGCCGCGGGGCAGCGGCGGCGCGUCCUUGUGUUUUUCCGCGUGUCUGUGACUCGCAGCGCCCGCUCUGCGCUCUGCCCGCCCGCGGGAUGCUGGCGCUGAGCGCCGCCCGCCGCCUGCUUCGCCCGCCCGGGGACCUGCUGCCGCCGCCGGGGCUCGCCUGCAUGUGGGCGGCCGGUACCCGCGGCUGCAGCGGGGCCGGCGCCGGCUCGCCGAACCCGGUGGUGUACUUGGACGUGGGCGCCGACAACCAGCCGCUGGGACGCGUCGUGCUGGAGCUGAAAGCUGACGUGGUCCCAAAGACAGCAGAAAACUUUAGAGCUCUUUGUACUGGUGAGAAAGGAUUUGGGUAUAAAGGAUCCACUUUUCACAGAGUGAUUCCUUCAUUUAUGUGCCAGGGUGGUGACUUUACAAAUCAUAAUGGAACUGGUGGAAAAUCCAUUUAUGGCAGUAGAUUUCCAGAUGAAAAUUUCAUACUUAAGCAUGUAGGACCUGGUGUUCUUUCAAUGGCCAAUGCAGGACCCAACACAAAUGGAUCCCAGUUCUUCAUUUGCACUGCAAAAACUGACUGGCUAGAUGGAAAGCACGUUGUUUUUGGACAUGUAAAAGAAGGAAUGGAUGUAGUGAAAAAAAUUGAGAGCUUUGGUUCCAAGAGUGGAAAGCCCUCCAAAAAGAUUGUCAUUACUGACUGUGGCCAGCUGUCCUAACCUUUUGCCCUACCCUUCAUGACAACUUGGAUGCUGUGAAGAAUGAAUCAUAAAAACAGCCAGACAUUUCUUAUCUCACAAGUAGCACCUAUGGAACUAUGGUUUUUAUUUAACUUGGUGCAGCUUUUAUACUUAUAAUGAAUAAUAUUGAUUGAAACCAUAAAAUAGUAACUGAAGCAUGUUGUAACUUCAACACCAUGGCAGUCACACUGGUUUGGUAGAGUCCCCUUGUGUUUUGCAAGAAGUGCUAAAGUCACCCAGGGUGUACCUGACUGCAGUGUUGAUACUGUCCUUAGUAUUUGGAUGUUUCAGCUGUUAGAAUGGGUGGUGGAGUUGACAGCAGGGGUUCUGCAGUUGGGGGUUAGGUAUAAAUUGAGAAAUGUGGUGAUUCCUUUCGUGCUAAUAAAUGCUUAUUCUGUUGUUUGUCUCAUCAUUUUGAAGCGAUACUACUGACCAGUGCUCUCAAGGCUGUCUGCAAAAACAUUGGCAUUUUCUUUGUGUCUCAGUUAAGUUUUAUACAAUAGAUUCAAUGAGCAACUGUGGGUUUCUAAAAAAUUAAUUCUGGUUUAGUCUUUCUUACAGUCUCAGAUUACUUUUUAAAAAUAAACUCUACCUUACCUGCUUCAGUGGAGCAAUUUGACUUUUGGGUUAAGUAAAUUGCUUUGAGUUAGGCUACUACUGAAGCUCUACCUGGCAAUAAGACCUCACCUCAAUCCAGCCAAAGGAUCUCAGGACUUUUAUUAUUAUGGAACUGUGAACUUGAAGUGUGCUUCUGCUCUGGGAUCUGGUUCUGUGAGGAAUACAGCUCAGUUCUCAAUAUAUGGCCUAUUUUUGUACUUAGAGAAUGUAAUCAGUAUAGUGAGCUUGCUUGAGUGAGAAAUAGAUUUGAUUGCCUUUCUAUCAUGUUGAUCCUGUGAAGUCAGCCCAACUUGGGUAUUACUUGGAUUAUGAUUUCUUCUUAAGCAUCAUCAUCAUCAGUCAAAACUGGUCACCACAGAAUCACAAGGCCUAAUCAGUGCAGCAAAAUCGUUAUUGUUGGGUUUUAUGCAUGAGAAGGGAAGAAUUCAGUGGAGCAGCUCGAGUCAUUUCCUUUGUAUAAAGCAGGAUGUAUGUUCUAUGUGGCAUGCUUGAGCAGCAACAAAUGCUGGAAUCUCACACCAUUGCCUUUGGAAUCACUGUGGCUGUAAAGUAUCAAUCAUUGUGGGAAAAAGCACAUGAUUGUUUUGUGCAAUAAUCUCAUUAGAGAAGAGAAAAAAUGUGAUGGCUUUCUUCAAAUGUGAAUUUAUUUUCAUUUCAGGGUGAUAUGUGAGUUUAAAACUAUUUUGUACUGGAUGUUUUUUGCACUGGGGGUUGCACUCAUUUGUGCAAGGUAGUAUUUAGAAAGUAAUUUUGCAAAAAAUCAAAUUGAAAUGCUUUUUAUUCUUUCCACUGUAGCUGCUUAAUCUCUGUAGUAUUUUGUAAAUAUUAAAUUGUGUUGGUUUGGCUUAUUUCACUUGAAUACAAUAACAAUUUUUUUGUGCA